CACCACUUUCCGCAAACAUGUCUACGGUACACGUUGAGAACAUCUCCACGAAGACGACGCAAGAUGAGAUCAAGUCGUUCUUCAGCUUCUGCGGAAAGAUCUCAGACAUCUCGGUGACGCCCACCAACGAGAACUCGCAGUCCGCCAGCGUCACCUUCGAGAAGCCCGCCGCCGCGAAGACGGCCCUGCUGCUGGAUAACACCCAGCUCGGGCCUAACUCCGUACACGUCACAGCCUCCAAAUCCAUCGAUGAGCUCGCCGGCGACAAGGCCGCCUCGGCGGAGGAGGCGAAGGACGGUGACCACCACAUCGAGCAGGAAGAGAAGCCCCGCGCUCGCAUCGUCGCCGAGUACCUCGCGCACGGCUACACUAUCUCAGACAAGGCCAUCGAGCAGGCGCUCGCCUUGGACAAGCAGCACGGCAUCAGCACCCGCUUCACCAACGUCCUCCAGACCUUCGACCAGCGCUUUCAGGCCACUCAAAAGGCUCAGGCCGUCGACACGAAGCUCGGUGUGUCGGACAAGGUCGUCGCCGGCUGGCGUGGACUCAACUCGUACUUCGACAAGGCUGCUAGCACUCCUACCGGCCAGAAGCUGAGGGAGUUCUACGUGCAGGGCAACAAGACCGUGCUCGACGUCCACAACGAGGCCCGCCACUUGGCCGAUCUUAAGAAGACCGGAGGUGAGAAGUCAUCAUCCGAGGAAGCUACCCCCCACCCGAUUGAGGGAUCAACGAAGACCCAAUGCAACUGCGCCUCAGACAGCGGCAAGUGCGGUUGUGCUCCUGGCAAGUGCGCAUGCUCGGGUUGCGCCAAGGCCAAUGCUCCCACUACUUCCACUUAAGUGAUAUCCAUACGUUUCUGAGAAGCGUCAAAACCGAGGCGGGUUUUUGAUUUCGUGUAUGUUUAGUAAAGGCUGCGGGCUGGGGAUAGGACCAGGUUGACGAACUGGCGGAG